GAUAAACAGAGAAGUGGCACCGCCGCUGUUGACGUUGUGUACAUCUGAAUUUGGCGUAUAAACGCGGCCUUUCACGUCAUCUUAAUUGAGUUUAUCUAUAUAUUGUUGAAGUUAUAUUUUUAAGGGAAAAGCUGAUGGUCCUGACAACAUGGACAGUGACCUGAGUCCCCAGGAUAAAAAAGACUUGGACAAGUUCAUUAAGUUCUUUGCCUUAAAGACUGUCCAGGUGAUAGUCCAAGCUCGUCUUGGAGAGAAGAUCUGCACUCGCUCCUCGUCAUCACCUACUGGCUCUGACUGGUUUAAUUUGGCCAUCAAAGACAUCCCAGAGGUGACUCAUGAAGCCAAGAAGGCAUUGGCUGGCCAGCUUCCUGGCAUCGGGCGCUCAAUGUGUGUCGAGAUCUCCCUGAAGACGUCAGAGGGUGACUCUAUGGAGUUAGAGACUUGGUGUCUGGAGAUGAAUGAAAAGUGUGAUAAGGACAUCAAGGUGUCAUAUACAGUCUAUAAUCGUCUGUCUGUCCUUCUGAAGUCUCUGCUGGCCAUCACCAGAGUAACACCUGCCUAUAAACUGUCCAGAAAGCAGGGUCAUGACUAUGUCAUUUUAUACAGGAUCUACUUUGGGGAAGUCCAGCUGAGUGGAUUAGGAGAAGGUUUUCAGUCAGUGCGCGUUGGUGUCGUCGGCACUCCUGUUGGCACAGUCACACUUUCAUGUGCCUACCGCACCAACCUGGCAUUCAUGUCUAACAGACAGUUUGAGCGGUCAGCUCCUAUCAUGGGGAUCAUUGUAGAUCACUUUGUGGAUCCUCCCGGCAGCAGCCAGCGUCCUGCAAACAUGGGACAGCCCUGCAACUACAGAGCUCCAGAUGAUGACGAGGGAGGACCGUUUGCAGGAGUUCAGGAUUCACAGGAGGUCUGCACCACCUCCUUCUCCACAUCCCCUCCCUCUCAGUGUGUGUGUACACUGAGUCCUUCUCCCUCUAAACUGUCCAAGCCCCUCCCCCUGGACAGUCUGCAGUUUCCAUUGGCUCCUGGACUUGUCACUCACACUCUUUAUGCUUCCAGGUUAUGCUACCAGCCUCCCGCUCUUGUAGGAGCUGCAGAGUUUUGUCACACUAAUCCAAACCAGCUAUUACAUGCGGGGAAGGAGGGCGGGGUUGUGUUGGUUCCUGCCCAGCCUCCUCAUGGAGCUGAUGCCCAUCUGACUGUAGACCACAUCCCCAACACACCUGGAAGCAGUGGCGAAGACGACGGCCUGUCGCAGAGUGGAGAUGGAAGGAGCGAUGGUCGGAGGGAGGAAGGAAGGAGGAGCGCCUCCCCCUCUGACCCUGUAGAAUCUCUCAAUGCAUUCACGAGGAAAGUGGGAGCCUUUGUCAACAAAACCAACACACAGCUAACAGCAGCCAGUCUGGACCUGCCAUUUGCUGCAUUUGCUCCUAGAGGCCUGGACUCUGAGGAGAGCGAUCCCAUGGUGCAGCCUCCAGACUCUCCCCCCUGCCCGUCCCCCCUGCAGGCCAGCCUCCACUCUCAGGGCUCCGAGGGAUCAGGACAGCAGGACGACUUUGUCAUGGUUGAUUUCCGGCCAGCCUUCUCAAAAGACGACCUGUUGCCGAUGGAUUUGGGCACCUUCUACCGAGAGUUUCAGAACCCUCCACAGCUGGCCAGCCUCUCGCUGCACAUCAGCUCCCAGUCGAUGGCUGAAGACCUGGACUCGCUGCCAGAGAAACUGGCCGUCUACGAGAAAAACAUCGACGAGUUUGACGCUUUUGUGGACAUGCUGCAGUAGAAGAGGAGUUAGAAAAUAGCUAAAAGGAGAGAAAGACUUGUGUACAAGGAAAACUGAACAGAUGAUGACAAAUCAAAGAAAAGGAGAACAAAAAAGAAUGAAAGGGAGAAGCAGACUCAAGGCUGUGUAGUUGUUUGUCCUGUGAGAAUCACUCUUGACUAAAUCACCAUGUUUUAAUGUGAAGCCCAUUUUCCCCUCCCCGUCCACCUCGUUUCCCAGCUUGUACAGAUCAUACUCUUCACUGUAAAUAUUGACUUAUUUCCUCAGACACUGACACACACACUCUCCUCCAGUCUGGUAGUGUUAACUCAAACUGAAAAUCUGUAUUUUCUAUGUGGCACAAUUCUCUCGUUGGCAGUGUUUAAUCAGAAAAUCUGAUUAUCAUGUGGUUUUCUGUCACUUUAUGACGGCCAUGCAAAUCCAUGGACAUACUGCCUGCAUUCAUAGUUUUUAUUAACCCCCUCCCUGCUGAACACUACUAGCCUCUUGCCUUUCUGAUCAUAUCUGUGCUGAAAGUGAAAGAUCAGCCAUGUGACUCUAGAAAUCUAACCAUUACUGUCUGUGUGUGACAGGCUGAAACUGAAAAAUUUGAAAAGCUGGUCUUGGCAAAUACAUACUACUUAGCCUCACAGUGAAAGAACAAGUUGUAAAUCUUCUCCAGGUAAAACUAGUCUUUUGCAUAUUAGAGUGUCGUGAUUGAACAACUGACAGUCUCAGUGGCAACUUUUCCCCUAGCCAGAUGUUCCCAGCUGGUCCUGGGAUUUAAACUGCCAUACGCAAUGUUAACAAACGGCCCUGAUGGAGUAUUAAGUAAAUGAAGUGCAUCCCUAAUGUGUACAGAGAUACAUUUUCCGCACAACACUCAGUUGACAGUUUAAGGUACAACUAGCCAGUACUACUACAACAGCCCUGCAGUAAAUCCUAUGUUUAUGAAGGUUAGAAUGUGGUAACACCACAAACUAUAGCUUCAAAAUGACUACAACAAAAUCGUAUAACCUGAAUCAAGUUGAUGUAUUGCAGGGCUGCUGCAUUACUUUUCUACUAAACUGACAACUGAAUGUAUCUAAUGUAGGCUGUACAACAAUGCAUUAUGUAUAUUUUGGGUAUAAUCUUACUUCCAGGUGUCUACACAAGGCGAGAGGUCACCACACACGACUGUUGGAGUCAGGUUGAAAGCUUUAAUUUAAAAACUUUUCUUUGAUGUUGGUCUAGAUGUCCUAAUAAAAGCAUGGCUGCUCUGUUGAAACAA